CUACCGUCCUUUGUCUUUUUACGUGCGACACACGCAACACGUAGUGAACGAAUAUUACAUUUCUGGGAUCAAUUAUCUACAAUGGAAGAAGUGGCGGGAAAAUCAGUGGGCAGUUCAAUUUUUUUAUGGAAAGAUUACACUUACAAUAAAGACAAUCGUAGCGCCCACAUUUAUCGUUGCAACACCAGACGGACUACACGAUGUCGUGGGGCUGUAGUAGACCUCGGUGAUGGUACUAUUAGAUUAUUAAGACCUCAUAAUCACUCGAAGGUACUUCAUAGACGCGAUCAUGAGAAAAUGAAGAAUGAAAUGCGUCACAUGUGCCGGGAAACGUUGAUUCCAUUGAAGGAAGUAUUUGAUGAUGUCUGCAGGAAGUAUCCUGAUGCUGCGUGUACAUUGUCGUAUAAUAGUAUGAAAGCUGUACUUUUUAGAGAGAGACAAAGAAAUUAUCCACACAUUCCAACGAGUUUAACUGCAUUAAAUGAAUGCAUAGUAAAUCAUUCUUUUAUGAGAAAUAUAUGUAAAACAGUAAUAAAAGAUGAAAACGCUAAAGUGGCGAUUUUGUUUUCCACGGAAACACUGUUGCAGAUUCUUAAUGUCUCUCAAACUAUUUAUGCCGAUGGUACUUUUUCUGUUUUACCUGCUCAGCCACCUAUUGCACAACUCUAUAUUAUCCACAUUCAGUAUAUGGAUACUGGAGUAGGUACAGUAUUCAUACUAUGCGAAGCAUUAACAAAGGCUAUGUAUACAGCAAUAUGGUGCAAGAUAAAAGAAUUAGCUCCAAUGCUUCAUAAGAAUUUAAAAUUUACAAUGACGGAUUAUGAAACUGCAGCGAUGGUUACAUUGGAGCAACAGUUUCCUUCGAGCAUUGUAAAGGGCUGCUGGUUUCACUAUAAUCAGGUUUAUAUAAUUUUAUAGAGAAU